AGAAAAAAAAGAAAAGAAAAACCAAAAUCCAUAACUAGUGCAAUGUUAGGUCCGCUGCCCACUGCCCGCGACUUCUGACUUCUGUAGAGUAACGCCGAUGGCUACACACUGCUUGUUCUUCCCGACCCCUAACUUUUGCAGGCGCAGCAUCACUCACCGUUCCGCAUUUUCCUCACGCUCCAUCUUCUUUGGCGCUUCACUUAAAGUCCAUACCAAUAGAAACCAGCUGGGUCGGUUCUCUCGCAGCCCCACUCCCAUUUAUUGUUCUUCUCAAGAGUUUGAUGUUGUGAUUGUCGGCGCUGGCAUCAUUGGUUUGACCAUUGCUCGUCAGUUCUUGACCUCUUCCGACCUGUCCGUAGCCAUCGUUGACAAAGCUCUCCCUUGUUCUGGUGCCACUGGCGCAGGGCAGGGAUAUCUUUGGAUGGCACACAAAACUCCUGGGAGUGAUAUAUGGGAUCUAACUUGGAGAAGCCAUCAAUUGUGGAAGAUGCUGGCAGAAAGCCUAAAAGAGCAAGGCCUGAAUCCUACGGUGGAGCUGGGUUGGAAGAAAACAGGAAGCCUUUUAGUUGGUAGAACAAAGGCUCAGUUAGACAUGCUGAAAGGGAGAGUGAAACAGCUUAAUGAAGCUGGGUUGAAAGCAGAGUACUUGUGUAAUAGUGAUUUGUCCGAGCUGGAACCUGAUCUCUUUGUGGACAAAGACAGUGCUGGUGCAUUUCUACCAGAUGACUGCCAAUUGGAUGCUUAUCUUACAGUUUCAUAUAUUGAAAAGGUUAACAGGAGUUUUGCAUCAAAAGGAAGAUAUGCAGAAUUUUAUAAUGAGCCAGUAAAACGUUUCAUCAGGUCAAAUAGUAAUGGAGAGGUUAAAGCUAUUGAAACUUUGAGUCAUACAUUACACAGUAAGAAGGGAAUUAUUGUUGCAGCUGGUUGUUGGACCGGUUGUUUGAUACAGGAUUCGUUUAGAAAUUGGGGAAUGGAAUUAGACGUUCCUGUAAGGCCCAGAAAGGGUCACCUACUUGUGCUUCAGAACUUUGAUUACCUUCAAUUGAAUCAUGGGUUGAUGGAGGCAGGUUAUGUUGAUCAUCCAACACUUUCUGAUAUAGAAUCCUCUGAAGAUGGACGAUCUUUAUCUGUUUCAAUGACGGCAACCGUGGAUGCAGCAGGAAAUCUUCUCAUUGGGAGUAGCCGUGAAUUUGUUGGUUUCAGCACAGAAUUGGAUGAAUCUGUUGUCAGAUAUAUAUGGAAGCGGGUUGCAGAAUUCUUUCCCAAAUUGGAAUUGCUUUCCCUUUCUGAUCUAAGUGCAAAUAGAAAAGUCAGAAUAGGAUUACGACCCUACAUGCCUGAUGGGAAGCCAAUGAUUGGGCCUGUGCCUGGCCUCUCAAAUGUUUACCUUGCCGCAGGACACGAAGGGGGAGGGCUUUCGAUGGCUCUUGGGACUGCUGAAAUGGUUGCUGAUACGGUGUUGGGCCAUCCAACAAAAGUUGAUUGUGCACCUUUCGCUGUGCAUCGAGUACUUGAUUAAAAUUAUUAGUUACUGUGGUCUAGGAUGUAUAGCAGUUUAGGCAUAAAUGUUGCUUUCUGACAUGCAAUUUCAAUAACCCAAAGUUGUCUAAUAAUGUUACUUCAUUUUUUAUAAUAUUACUCUUUUUUUAUGC